UCUCUUUUUUCUCUACUGGGAAGCUGUCAAACAGUGGCAUAAUCGGGAGCUAGAAGUGAGCUUAUAAAUAAUUGGUUAUUUUUAUUGUUUCUAUUGUGUCGAAUUCAAAGCAUCCCGAUUGUGUUAACAAUUUAGAUCAUAAUAACACAGCCAAAAUAUGUCCUAUCAGCUGUACCGGAACACCACUCUCGGAAAUACACUACAAGAAACCCUCGACGAACUGAUACAGUACGGUCAGAUUACUCCAGCGCUUGCCGUCCGAGUGUUGAUUCAGUUUGACAAAUCGAUAAACGCUGCUUUAUCGAACCGGGUGAAGUCUCGGGUGACGUUCAAGGCUGCGAAACUCAACACCUACCGAUUCUGUGACAAUGUUUGGACGCUAAUGCUGAACGAUGUCGAGUUCCGGGAAGUGCACGAGUUUGCCAAAGUAGACAAAGUGAAGAUUGUGGCCUGCGACGGAAAAAAUGCUAACGUAAAUGAUGAUAUCGGAAGGACCGAUCGAUAGGAUUAAAGUUGAUCAUCGACGUGGGUGUUGGUUUAUAUAAAAGCACAAUUCUAUUUUAAAAGUAUUUGCAACAUUUGUUUAAUUAUCGAUAUGACAAAAUAAAAAUGCAUAACUUAA